UGCGCGUCUGCCGCCGCCGCCGCCGCCGCCGCCGUUGCCGCCGCCGCCGCCGCCUCCCAGCCUCCGCCAUGGACCUGUUCGGGGACCUGCCGGAGCCCGAGCGCUCGCCGCGCCCGGCUGCGGGGAAAGAAGCUCAGAAAGGAUCUCUGCUCUUUGAUGAUCUCCCUCCGGCCAGCAGUACUGACUCAGGAUCGGGGGGACCUUUGCUUUUUGAUGAUCUCCCGCCAGCCAGCAGUGGUGAUUCAGAAAGGAAGAUUCUUUUACAUACACAUUGGGAAAACUGGAACACAAACAGUUCUCUUGACACUUCGAUACCCCAGGUGGUAAAGAAUGAAGGGAAAGGAGCUAAGAGAAAAACCUCUGAAGAAGAGAAGAAUGGCAGUGAAGAGCUUGUGGAAAAGAAAGUUUGUAAAGGCUCUUCAAUGAUCUUUGGUUUGAAAGGCUAUGUGGCUGAGCGGAAGGGCGAGCGGGAGGAGAUGCAGGACGCCCAUGUCAUCCUGAAUGACAUCACCGAGGAGUGUAGGCCCCCCUCCUCCCUCAUUACCCGGGUUUCAUAUUUUGCUGUUUUCGAUGGACAUGGAGGAAUUCGAGCCUCAAAAUUUGCUGCACAGAAUUUGCAUCAGAACUUAAUCAGGAAAUUUCCUAAAGGAGAUGUAAUCAGUGUAGAGAAAACCGUGAAAAGAUGCCUCUUGGACACUUUCAAGCAUACUGAUGAAGAAUUCCUGAAGCAAGCUUCAAGCCAGAAGCCUGCCUGGAAAGAUGGGUCCACUGCUACCUGUGUUCUGGCUGUCGACAACAUUCUUUAUAUUGCCAACCUCGGAGAUAGUCGGGCAAUCCUGUGUCGUUACAAUGAGGAGAGUCAAAAGCAUGCAGCCUUAAGCCUCAGCAAGGAGCAUAAUCCAACCCAGUAUGAAGAACGAAUGAGAAUACAGAAGGCUGGAGGGAAUGUCAGGGACGGGCGUGUCCUGGGUGUGCUGGAGGUGUCCCGCUCCAUUGGGGAUGGUCAGUACAAGCGCUGUGGGGUCACUUCUGUGCCAGAUAUCAGACGCUGCCAGCUGACCCCCAACGACAGGUAAAACCUCCCAGAGGCACAGAGAAUCGCAUGCGGAAAUGUGGUCAAGAAGGUUUUUUUCGCUUAACUUAACAUGGAACCGAAACAUCAAAGCGAUGAACAUAAUCAAGCUGGUGCAAAUGAUUUUCAGCACUUGAUUUGGAUAUUUCGAGUAUGUCGGCUAUCUCCAGCGUGGUAUAACGUUGAUUGUUCUCAAUUAAUGUCUCGAUUUGAUCACUGUCUACUUCAACUGGUCUACCUGACCGUGGAGCAGCGUCCAGUGAGAAAUCUCCAGCACGAAACUGCACAGACCACUUUUGACACGUUUGAUCAGUCACAGCACCUUCUCCAUACACUGCACAAAUCUUUUUUUGCAUUUCAGUUGUGUUUUUACCUUUCUUCAAAUAAUCAUAAUAUGCCGAAAAUGUUGCUUUUUUUCUCCCAUCUUCACUGUUAAAACGGCUAUACAAAAAUUCACCAAUUUUGAUGUCUUUUUUUAAAUGUACGCUGAUAUGACAGCUGUCACAUACAGUCUAACAAAAUUGUUUCGAAUGAAGUUAAAGACAACUGAGUGCUACUAGAGCCAUCUUAACAGAAAAAAACCGAACGAAUCUUUUGGCCCACGCAGUAUGUUUGGGAGAUGGCUCGAGAAAUGUGGUGAUAGAAAUUUAGAAUGUAUUUAUCGUAACACCUGAUGGAUUUUAUUCGGUGAUUUUCCUAGAGUUUGUCUAAGAAGUGGAUUUGGGUUAAUCCAUAAUUUUGGGGGAACAGAGUAGUCCCAAUUUUUUUUUUUUUUUUUUUUUUUUUUGCGGUACGCGGGCCUCUCACUGUCGUGGCCUCUCCCGUUGCGGAGCACAGGCUCCGGACGCGCAGGCUCAGCGGCCAUGGCUCACGGGCCCAGCCGCUCCGCGGCAUGUGGGAUCCUCCCGGACCGGGGCACGAACCUGUAUCCCCUGCAUCGGCAGGCGGACUCUCAACCACUGCGCCACCAGGGAAGCCCCCCAAUUUUGAUGUAUAACAUUUCACCUACAAAUAUUUUAAAGUAGUUUUAACCUUUGUCUCAUAGAAGUUAAAUUGGUUUUAAAAAAUGUUUAGCCUUUGAGUAAUUGGACAGAUAUUUUUACCUCCACUGUCAGGCCAUUUAAUAAAGUUUGCUGCUAAAACCCAUUUAUAUUUUUUCUCU